AUGCUAUACUCAAGUUCAAGUGAUUGUUUACGAGGCCUGAUAAAAUUUCAGAUUAAAUGUGCUCCGUGGAAUACCACCCGUGCCUAUAUAUCGUCGAUGAAAGGCAAAUGCCUAUUGGAUCAAACGGGUAUUGCCGAUCCGACCGGGUGUGGCGAGGGCUUUUCGUACGUGCGAGUUAGUGCUAAGCCCCAAAAAGCGAAGGUUAUUUUUUGCGCUUUUGAAAGACGAAGUAGGUUUGGAGUUGUUAAUAUGGUUUCGUUGAAUUGUCAGGAGGAAGUACCGAACGUGCCGAAACGUUUAGUGACCGGAACGAAUGCUGAUCUGAGGAAGUUGCCACUGAAAGAAGCGAAAGAAAUCUGUCGUGAUUAUGGUGUACGCGAAGAGGAGAUCAAUUCAUUGAGUCGAUGGGAAAUCAUUGACGUUAUUCGAACGUUGUCAACACAAGCAGCGAAAGCGAGAUCGGAUUUUUCUGGUAUGGCACGUUUUGCACGUGGCAAUAUUCGGUUCAAUUUUGCUGAUAUGCAGGAAAAGUACAAAAAGUUCUGUCAACGUAUAUUCGACUUACAGAAUCAGUAA